GUGAGUUCUGUAUUUUUAUUCCAAAACUGUCUUUCUCAGUACAAGUGCUACUAUUUAUUACAACCAGCUAUUAAGCGCCGGCCCACACUUCAACGGAUCCACUCGGCACCGGACCAUUUGCUAUUGGGCUUCCUUGUUCGCCGGCCCAUCACUUCAUCAGUUCCUGCUCUCCUGUCGUCCCCCAAUUCCAGGUCGCCUACAGGAAUACUGACACGCUGUCGCCCCCGUCGUGCGACGCCGCCGGCUGGGCAUCGCCCCGGAACUCCUCCUGAAGGCCCCUCAUCACGCUCUUGCAGGUUCUGGACGGACGUGGGAGGCCCCGCGGCGCCCGUACGUAUAUCUAGCGGCGAGACGGCAAGCUCCCGCCCCAUCUCCGCCGCCUCCGCUCCCCGUCGUCCGGCUGCGCUGUUGCUGCUCAUACGGAUCAAGCUCGGCUACACCCGUUUCUGCGAGCAGAUCAGAGGACGCCAUCGUCGGGUCGGUAGGGAUGGGACAUGUUCACUCCGAUCAAAAGGCGAAGAAAUUGGCGAGUGAGUCUUUCUCUCUCUCUCCUAUCCCGCGCCUCUGCUUCGUCCUCAGCCAGCCUUGGAAGAGUGGCCAAGGGUGGGGAUCAGCGACUCGAAGCACUUGAAGACGAGAUCAAUGGAGCAGAAGGGCCGAAACGCUAACUGGGAUCGCUGGAACCCAAGAGGGGGCGGCAACCUUCUCCUGUUUGGGGGAGAAAUCGCAAUCUAAGCUGGCGCCUAAGGACUCCACAUGCUUCGUCGGAAGCAAAAGUGGACCAGCUGGGAUCUUCUUCUGGAGACGGUAGCACUCCAGGAUGACAGCAUCUUGGUUGACCUUGCUGAUGCCAUCACAAAGGAAGGAAUUAGUGCUUUUCGGUUUGAUUUUUCUGGAAAUGGGGAAAGUGAUGGUGAAUUCCAGUAUGGAAGCUACAGAAAAGAGGCAGCUGAUUUGCGCUCUGUAGUAUUACAUUUCUCAGAACAGAAAUAUGACAUAAUUGCUCUUAUCGGGCAUAGCAAAGGAGGAAAUGCUGUUCUUCUUUAUGCUUCCAAGUACCAUGAUGUCCCUGCCAUUGUGAACAUUUCUGGCCGCUUUGCAUUAGAGCGAGGUAUGGAGGGACGCCUUGGGAAGAAUUUCAUGAGGAGAAUAAACGAAGAUGGAUACAUUGAUGUGAAGAAUAAAAAAGGGGAGUUGCAGUACCGGGUGUCGAAAGCGAGUCUGGAUGACCGGCUGAGCACUGAUACCCUAUUCUCCAGCCGUGCCAUAAGCGAAGGCUGCAGGGUUCUCACGAUCCACGGCGCCAAAGACGAGAUCGUCCCGGCGGAGGACGCCCGGCAGUUCGCGGCGAACAUCCGCAACCACGAGCUGCGCAUCGUCGCAGAUGCCAACCACCGUUACACCGGGCACAGGGAGGAGCUGGCCUCGCUGGUGCUGGGCUUCCUCAGCUCCCAUCCCUACCAGAUCACGUCGCGCUUGCGUCCGAGACUCUAGAUAGAGUAGAGCACACCCACUUGACCGUUUGCGAACAAAAAAAAAUCCCCUGUACCAAUCUAAGAGUUGUGGGUGUGGUGAUGUGUUUAUCCAGAACCAGAACACGAGCACCUGCCGUCCAAAUCAGCGUGACUCGCUCUCGCUCUAGAAUUUCAAAAAAAGUCAGUGCCAGGCAUCUAACAGCAAUCUCCUCAUCAUUGCGUUGCGUCCAAAAGAAGUGACAAUGGCAGGUGGGCCCCGCAUGGCAGGCCAUCCGCUCUCUUUCAUCGCUGCCCCAAGGAAGAGGAGGAUAGGAUCGAUGGAGGCGUGGGGACUGGGGACACGCAAGGUUGAUACCGCCCGCGAUAGCCGAUAGCCAUCCCGAUGCGCUCGCGCCCAACCGACCCGACUCUACCUGACCCGGGCCGAAACAGAAAGGCGCCGUCUGGUAGUGGAGAUAAUUGCCAUUGUAGACGAAGAGGGGACGGGAUUCGACGAAAUGGAGGCCAUGCCGUUGGUUUCUCUGUUCUGGAGACGCAGACGACAGCCAAUCGCCAAAUUGGAAAGGUGACAGCGCUUGUAGCUGCGUAAACAGGUAUUACUCUGCUGUCCAAGAUUACCGUUCGCCUGCGCAGACGGCGUCCCUUGUACCCCUUCAUGUAUAUCUUCCGUCGCCGAAUUGGACUCAUCUGGGGGUCGACAUCGCCGCCUGCUUUCUUCUUCCUCUUGCGGCUGCUUGCGGUCUGCUAUUCUCAGAGAAACCCUAGCCGUAAUUUCUCUGCUACUGUGCGGAUGGAUUUUCCACCGAGCAAAGUUGUUGCCGAUGCUGUGGAAGCUGCUCGUGCUGCUGCCGUUGCGGCCUCUGAGGCGAGAUGCGCGGUAUUUGUUGCUGAGAAGGAGGCCAAGGCUGCGGUUCAGUUCGCCGCCAUUGCCGUGGACAAGGUUGAAGCAGUUAAGGCCUCAUCGAAUGUGGAUCUUGUCGACUUCAAGUAUCAUGUGAACAUAAAGAAUUCGUUGAGAUAUGCUAUUCAAGAAAUGAGGAGGCAGACUAAACUGUUGCAUUCGGUUCAAAAUUUGUGUUGUGUUCGACUAUUCCAGAGGUACAAGGUGGCAAGAUAGGAAAGGUUCGUGGGCAUCUGGAACAUGUGUGCAAGGAGCUAGAGAAAACUUCAAUUAUCUGUGAAGAAGAUUUAGAAACAAAGAAUCCAACUUGGGAUCUUUACGACAACCCUUCCGUAGAUGAUGAACAUCCUCUAGAUGAUGAUGAACUUGGUGAUGGCUACAGUACAGAAGAUCCAGAGCUAUGGGAAAUGGCUUUUGAAGACUUCAAGUGGGAAGAGAUUAAAGCUAAUGUCUCAUUCGAAGAGCACAAUCGUGUCAUAAACUACAGGUUCGAAGAGAUAAACGACCGUAACAUGUAGUUGUCGACAUGAGGUUGCCUUUGGUGGGUUGGUUUCACUCUGGUGUCAUUUUGGUCUGUCUAGGAUAUAUUUUGGAAGGACGGAACUGAUAUGUGUUGUAUGAAGUAUUAUCUGUUGUAUGAACCCUAGUGUUUGUUGUCGUGUUCAGACAAGAUGAAUGGCGUUUGUAAGAACAUUAGUGUUCUAUGUUUUCUGUGUUGUGGACAUGCGGUUCUAUGUUUUCUGUGUUGUAUGAAGUAUUAUCUUUUGUAUGAA